UUAUCCCUUUCCCGUCGUCUCCUCCUCCGUCGCAGUUCUGCAGCCACAGCACGAUUGAAAACAGCUAAGUGGUCAAUUCCGGGACCUGGGGUUGGGAGUCCGGGCGGGCGCAAGGCAGCGGGCAGUACACGCGAGCCCGCCAUCUCCUGUGGCAACUGCCACAAGCUGCAGAUACCUCUCUCAGCGGGAGAGAAAAAUACUGUCAAGAGGCCCCCGCCGUCCUAGUGCCCACGGAGUUCGAGCGUUUCUGCCAAGCCUUGGUGAGAGCCUUGCCUUUGAGAAAGAGAGGAGAACAGACAGGAACUCGGAGAUCACGAAAAAAAGAUCGCAUAUUGGAUAGUGUUGACGUUUUGUCAGCUAAAUCUAGCAAGUGGCCACGUUGCAGAGCCUCCUUAAACCCGGAGCCAUGUCUCCCCCAACUGUGCCUCCCAUGGGCGUAGAUGGUGUGUCCGCCUACCUGAUGAAGAAAAGGCACACCCACAGGAAGCAGCGGCGCAAGCCCGCUUUCCUCACCGGUCGGAACAUCGUGGGCUGCCGCAUUCAACACGGCUGGAAGGAAGGCAAUGAGCCUGUGGAACAGUGGAAGGGCACCGUGCUGGAGCAGGUUUCCGUGAAGCCCACUCUCUACAUCAUCAAAUAUGAUGGUAAAGAUAGUGUGUAUGGAUUAGAACUGCACCGAGAUAAAAGAGUUUUAGCGCUAGAGAUCCUUCCUGAGAGAGUGCCAACUCCUCGCAUUGACUCACGUCUGGCAGAUUCCCUAAUUGGCAAGGCUGUGGGCCACGUGUUUGAGGGUGAGCACGGUACAAAAGAUGAAUGGAAGGGCAUGGUCCUGGCGCGAGCCCCCGUGAUGGACACUUGGUUUUACAUCACCUAUGAGAAAGAUCCAGUCCUUUAUAUGUACACGCUGCUGGAUGACUACAAAGAUGGUGACCUGCGCAUCAUUCCAGAUUCCAGCUACUAUUUUCCUGCAGCAGAACGGGAACCUGGGGAAGCUGUCGACAGCCUCGUGGGCAAGCAGGUGGAGCACGCCAAAGAUGAUGGGUCCAAGAGAACUGGCAUUUUCAUCCAUCAAGUGGUGGCCAAACCAUCUGUCUACUUCAUUAAGUUUGAUGACGAUAUUCACAUUUACGUCUACGGUUUGGUGAAAAGUUCCUAAUUCAUUGUGCUCUUGCAAAACUUGUGGAACUAUUAAAUGUAAAAUAUGUCGUGUGAACUUUUGAGAACAGUUUUGGUGUCAGAGAUUAAAGAACCUAUUAUUACUUACUGUGCCUCCAGAUCUUGCAUUGACUAGUUCCACAGUUUUGCCCCAAGUAUACGUUGGUACUUUAUUGGUACUUUUGUUAUUGCCUUGUUUUGUAAUCAAAAUUUUAAAUCGGGUGCUAAUAGAAAAUUGAAAAGCGCUCACAAACUUUGGAGCAAUGAAAAACUAAAGAAAAAUGUACACACACUAUAUCC